AUGUCCGACCCAAACGUAACACCCCUGCUCCGUUAUUUUUUCCCGGCGGAAAUCCUGAAAUCGCUUCAACUAACCUCAAAUAAUGAAUGCACCAUUCCUGACAUCAGAGCCAAGCUCUAUAUAAAUUCAAAUGGGAGCAUCGACGACCUUUUAAAAUUCAAAUCGUUUCCGGGAAGUGUCAACAAGUUCCAUAGGAAUAUGGCGGAUCCUUACAUGUGUACGGUAUGUUUUUUCUUUCAGAUGGAUACCUAUAUGUACUAUGGGAUGAAUGAUGCGGACAAGCCAUUUUUCUACAAACACGACUUGCUGGUUUAUUUCGAGCAGUUUGUUUUCCGAAGAAUCCGUCUACUUCCAUUCAUCAUUCCUGCGAUUUCCUUUUAUUUCAAAUGCAAAGAAGAUGAGCUAGGAAGCGGACGUUUCGAGUUGGCCCCACUGAACACAGAUGCGAUUGAGAAAAUUGAAGAACAAAUUGAGAGGUCUAUAGAAAAACUUCAUAAACACGACAAGGCGAUAAUCAGGGAGCCGUUCCCUGAAUUCAGUUAUCAACAAUUUUGUGCCAGAAUCACAAAAAUUAAUUUUAUUGACAGCAGUGACCUGGGGCCUCUUCCAAAAAUAUUAAGUGAAAAUCAAGCCGAACUGUCAUCUGAUGCAAAUAAGAAACUCUAUCCUAAUAUCAUCAUUUGGAUUCAUACAAUUGUCACGGUUUUCAAUUCAAUCACCGAAUCGCAUCCCGAAUUGUUCCGGCCAAGCUCGGUUUCAAGGAAACCCGAUGAUCCGGUUAUUAUUCGAUGUUUUGAGGAUGAUCAUAAACUUUACAUGAUGGAUUUCGAAUUUGUUCUAGCUAAGACACCUCUGGUAGUGAGCCAUCAACUGAAACCUAUUGAGGAUAUGAAGGAUGCGAUCAAGCGGAGUGGAGUGUACGAGACGGUUUUCGCCAAUCAGCUUAAAGCCAGACUAACGAAGAAUAGAGAGUACGUCAGACACCCGAUCCUCCGAACCAACAGACGAGCCGUCCCGAUUCCAACAUUUGACGGAAGACAUUGUAUCCUAGCUUCGGAUCUUCUUUUUGAAAUCCUUCGUGAUAUGUGCUCAGUUCAGAAUGUCUUUCAAAAGAUCAACACGAAAAAUUGGUCCAUUAUCAACAACUUGUUCAAAGAUCUUGCUGGAACAUUUAAUGGAAAACUUGGACCGUUCUUCAUCGAUACGGAAAAAUCUGAAGCUGUCAGAAAGAAGUGUGUGACUCAUAUCGAACAGCAUUUGGGACCCCAGUUGAAAGAAGUGAAAUUCAUAAAGGAGUUUAACGGAUUUGUGCUGAAAGAUGUGAAGAGUACCAUCAAGUUUCUAGGGCUUACAACUGCGUUUCCGAAAAUUGCGGAUUUCGCUGAACACGCUUUCAAAACAGUCAAACAACGAAAAGGCGAGAAGAAAUUGGAUACUCGAGACAUGUUCACAGCAUUGGAGAUUUGUCAGCUGAAUUGUAUUCUUCCAAAACUUCCAAACCUCCAAAAAUUCGUUCACAAUCAAGGCGCAUGUCUACGUAAUCACCUCCACUGUGCCAAAUGUUUGCAGGCUCAUCCGGAACCUUUAACUGAGCCUACAUUGUUUAAAUGGGUCACUGCUGAAACUCCUGGAGCGACAGUUGUAGCUAGAAAAUGUGAUGCUCCAGACCCAGAAGGGUUUUCCGAGUCCUCUGAAUCAGAGCUUCCAGCAGAACUUCUAGCAGAACUUAAAGCAAAAUAUCCAGAACAUUUUCCAGCAGCAAAUGUGGAACAGGUGGAGAAUGAGGAGAAGGAAUUACAGGAAGAAUCCAAUGAAACAAGUCCAGAAUCCAGAAAAGAAGAGCCGGAGAAAGAAGAAUCAUUAGAAGAAUCAUCAGAAGAACCCUCGGAGAAGCCUGUUGAAAGUAUUCUCAACAAGCAUUCUGCAUCCUGUCCGAAUUCAUCAUCUCAAGCUUCCACAGAAGAAGACAAAGAAAAUAUCCCAGCAUCGAAUCCUCAGGAAGAAGGGUCCAGCGACUGUGAACAAUGUGAAAACCUUAGAAAGUUUAGAGAUGCGAUGAAAGAACUAAUAGGAAAUUGUAUGUCUGGGACGACGGAAAUUUUGAAGGAAACGAGAAAAGAUCAUAAGGAACUAGAGAACAGUCUGAAAAGUUAUGGACCGAUUCGGCUGUCGGACGACAAUCGGGAACUUUUUGACAAGCAAUUCGAGAGAAUCAUGAAAAGGUCUGAUUGGGAUAUAACGAAUUGCGGAGAUGACAUCCGACCAUGGCCAUGGUUCCGAAAAUGA